AGCACAGAUCUGCAGGAUUUCAGCCUCCACUGUUGCAUCGUUAUUAAACAUUGAUGCUUUUUUCUGCUCUCAUCAAAACCAGAUUUGCUUCUGAAACAGUUGGUCUGCAUUUUUCAAAUCUUGUCCUAAUCUCAAGUUUCCGCGUUGCUCUUCUCGUCGCCCUCUGCUGCUUUUGGAGCCCGCAGAGAAGACACCUCCCACUUCCACCUUCAUUUGAAAUUUUCACUUCCUUCAUGUCACUUUGUGAUGUAGAUCAAGCCACCGUCUCCUGCGAGUCGUCACUCUGGUGGCCGGGUGUUUGGUGAGCUCCUGAAUCUCCUUCGCUGCGUCGACCCCCCAGUUCACCAUGUCCAGGAAGGUUGUGAGGGCCAGCAAGUUCCGCCACGUCUUCGGCCAGGCGGUGAAGGCCGACCAAUGCUACGACGACAUCCGCAUCUCCCAGAUGACCUGGGACAGCAACUUCUGCUCCGUUAACCCCAAGUUCGUGGCCAUGAUCGUGGACGCCAGUGGUGGGGGCGCCUUCAUCGUGCUUCCUUUGAACAAGACUGGACGCAUCGACAUGUCCUACCCCACUGUGUGCGGCCACACGGGUCCGGUUCUGGACAUCGAGUUCUGCCCUCACAACGACAACAUCAUUGCCAGCGGCUCUGAAGACUGCAGUGUCAUGAUUUGGGAGAUCCCGGAGGGGGGGUUGACCACCUCCCUCACAGAGCCGGUGGUCAAGCUGGAAGGUCACUCGAAGCGAGUCGGCAUCCUGAGCUGGCACCCCACCGCUCACAACGUUCUGAUGAGCGCAGGCUGUGAUAACGUGGUCAUCCUGUGGAACGUGGCCCGCGGCGAGGCGGCCGUGAGGAUCGACACCGUUCACACCGACCUCAUCUACUGCGCCUGCUGGAACAGGGACGGGUCCCAGAUCCUCACCUCCUGCAAGGACAAGGCGCUGCGAGUGCUGGACCCCCGCAAGGGCACCGUCCUCUACGAGCGGGAAAAGCCUCACGAGGGCUCCAGGCCCAUUCGAGCCAUUUUCACAUCCGACGGGAAGAUCCUGAGCACUGGUUUCAGCCGGAUGAGCGAGAGGCAGGUGGCGCUGUGGGAUCCGAAAAACUUCUCCGAGGCGCUGACUCUGCAGGAGCUGGACACCAGCAGCGGGGUCCUCCUGCCCUUCUAUGACCCAGACACCAACGUGGUCUACCUGUGUGGCAAGGGAGACAGCAGCAUCCGCUACUUUGAGGUGACGGACGAGGCUCCUUACAUCCACUACCUGUCCAUUUACAGCAGCAAGGAGAGCCAGAAGGGGAUGGGCUACAUGCCCAAGAGGGGGCUGGAGAUCAAUAAAUGUGAAAUCGCCAGGUUCUACAAACUCCAUGAGCGGAAGUGUGAGCCCAUUGUGAUGACCGUACCUCGUAAGUCGGAUCUGUUCCAGGAGGAUCUGUAUCCCGACACCAUCGGGCCCGAGCCUUCAGUUGAGGCCGACGAUUGGUUUGCAGGAAAAGACGGUCCUCCGGUUUUGAUAUCUCUAAAGGACGGCUUUGUAGCGACGACCAAAGCCAAGGAGUUCAAAGUUCACAAGAGUCUUCUGAAGACCACGACCGCUCCAGCGGGGAGUCAGCCAGACGCCAGCGGGGAGGUGCAGUCCUUGAAGAAGGAGGUGAAGGACCUGAAAGCUGCGAUAGAAGAGCUGACCAAGCGCGUGAUGGAGCUGGAGAGCAACCAUUAAAGAGGAAAGACGAGAAAACCAAACCAAAAAUGUGGAUGAAGAAGCAGGAGCUCGACCUGAAACUGCUGCUCGCUUUGGGUGGAAGUGAGACAAAGGGAUAGAUUAGGAAACAUUUCCAGUUUGAGAAUUCAUUUAUUUGAUUCUAGUGACCAAUUUUUACAAAAACAAGAAAAAAGUCCUUUUUU